AUGACACUUGUAAUAGAAACUACUACUACUACUACUACUACUACUACUACUUCUUUUGAAAGAAAAGAGAAGAGGAAGAUCUUUGAAUACAAAGGUCCAUUUAUGGAUCAAUUAUUAGAGGCAGUAAGUGAUGCUGUAUCAUCCAUUGUUUUGUACUCUGUCGAAGCUGACGAGUCAAAUGCAGCCAUCCCAAAUAUCCUUCCCGGUGCACAAACUGUCAAAGGAACUGUAGACUUUUUAGUAGAGUUGGCAAUCAAGUCGGCUGAAUUAUGGAAGAACUUCAAUCAACCAGAUAUGAGAGACAAGAUGGUAGAGACAUGUGAAGCAAUCAAAGAAGCAUGUGCCAAUUUAUUAGAGGCUGCUACUAUUCUCGCCAACAUGCCAUUUAGCAAACCUGCCAAAAAGACACUCCUCAAAGGUGCCAAGGGUAUUAUGGAGCACAUGGUCGUGUUGUUGCAACAGGCCGAUCUCUACGAGGUCACUCGUUUGAUCAGAGCUGCUCGUCGUGUAGAGAGCAAGCUCAAGAUUUUCGUUGGAUUGGAGCCCGGUGAAGCAUACUUUGCACAGGCUGCUCAAGACUUUGUGACGACAACGGUCGAUCUUGGAAAGAUUGUUGCAAAGCGUACUGGCGAGAUUGACGAUUUCGGAUACAAGAGACGUUUCGAAGAUGCCAACACACAACUAAAGGUAGAGGUACCAGUCAUCCUACAAUACUUUGCCUACUAUCAACGCGAUCCAAAUGACAAGACUGCAUUGGUCGAGGGUGGAAAGGUACAGAAAAAGAUCCAAGAUAUUAUCGAAGAGAUUAUUGUCGUGGCACGUCUCUCAGCCAAGUCACCAUUUGAUCUCUCGAUGAUUGCCGGUUUGGACUUGCGUGAUGAAGACGACUUAAAGGACGCCAGCAUCUUGAUUGCCCAUGAGCGUGAGAAGCUCUUGUCGGCCAUCGAAGCCGGCGAUGGCAAGGAGGCUAAUCGUGCACUCAAGGCCAUUAAAAAGGGCUUGGGUGAUCAGAUUGUCAUUUCAAAGGCGUUGGCCAAGUCGGCCGACAACCCAGUCCAGCGCAAGCGUCUAGAGGACGCUGCUAGAAACGCACAGCAUAUUUUAGACACGGUGAUUGCCGAGUUUGGACAUGCUGUCCAGGCACUCCUUGCGCAACCCGAUAAUGAGCAGUUGUUGCGUCAGUUGCGUGCUUCAAUGCAUAGAAUCAAGGAGGCGUCCGACCAGAUGGUCACCAGCUCGGCCAAGCUGUCGUCCAACGACGUGGCAGAGGCACAGCGUCACUUGGAAGACUCAAUUGACAAGGCUCGCGGCGAUAUUGCCCGUGCCGACAUUGGCGCACUCAACCGCGACCUACCCAAGGUGAUGGAGUCGUUUAAUCAUGUCAUUGAGAUGGCCGAGACACUCGCACGUGCCACUGACAAUGCCGAGAUCAAGACACAUAUUGAGCGUGCCACAACCGAGGCCCGCAAACGCGGCAGCACCAUCAUGGGACACGUCGAACGUCUCCGCGACCGUUUGGAAAAGAACCCACAUGACGCACAAGCCGCAUCCGAGCUCAACGAGUUGCUCAACCAACUCGAGGCCAUCGGCAAGGACCUCGUCAAGGCCACUUCCAUCGGUACAUCCGAGGAUCUCUUCCACAAGCAUGCCUCGAUCGAAGAACAACUCGCCAAGCUACGUCAAGCCGCCUUAGAAGGCGACAAAAAGGAGACGCAAGCAGCUCUACGUGCCGUGCGCAAGGGGUUAGCCGACGAGAUCAACAUUGCACGAUCGAUCGCCCGCACAACCGAUGACGAGCGUCUCAGAGAGGAUCUCGAGGCUGCCAUCCUCAAGGCCGAGGACGACAUGCAACGUUUGAUUGAGGAUCUGUACAAGUACGCCAACGCAACCGUCGAGAACCCAUCAGACAGCAAGGCGAUCCAGUCGCUGGACGACAUUAUCAAUAGCAUCGACCGUCUCAACGCAUCGUUGUUGGGUGCCGUGUCACGUGAGCUCAUUGACAACAACACCAAAGAGAUUGAAGCCAAGUUGUCGACUUUGGUCCGCGACAUCAAGACUGGCGACCAACAAGCCGCCGUUCAAACACUCAAGGGUGUCAUUGAGAGCGUCAAGAAGCAGGCUGCCAUCGCUGGUGUCGCCAGCACCCACAUUGCAAGCAACAACGACGAGCCACGUGCCGAGCGUGUGCGUGACCGUGCCGUCGACUUGACCAACACGGGUCCAGACCUCGUCAAGUCGGUCAAGGCUCUACUCACCGAGUCGUCACCCGCCAACCUCCAAGAACUCGUCGCCAGCAUCAACAAUGUACGUGACUCGAAUCGCGACCUCGCCAACGCCGUCCUUCUCACCACCGACCAAGAGAUACUCGAGAAUGCCGCACGAAUCGACGCAGAUAUGCGCAAGAUCCGUGCCAACCUCGAGGCUGGCGUGCCAGUCAGCAUGAACGAGCUCAACAACCUCGUCAAGCGUAUGGCCAACCAAGUCAAGCUCGCCAACCAACACGCCAGCACGCUCAAGGACAACAACGCCAAGAAGCGUCUCUUGGAGAGUACCAGCCAGCUCAACAACCUCGUGUCGCUGCUGGUCGAUGCUUGCAAGAGUGGUAACAUGCAAGACCCCGCCACCCAAAAGAAGGUCAAGGACCUACUCGACCAGAGCAUCAAGGUCAACAUGGACCUCUUUAACUUGUCGGGUUUGUCUGCUGCCGACGAGCUCGUCUAUGGCACACCCAACCUACUCAAACUCAUUGGCAAACUCGAAGAAGCUAUUGCUAGAGGCGACCCAGACGAAAUCAAGCGUUGUCUCAAAGAGUUGCAAGAAGAGAUUAACAAGCAAAUCUUUUUGGCUCGUAUUGCUGAAGCAUCGAUUGACGACCCCGAACGCAAGAAGCAGUUGCAAGACGCUAUCAUGCAACUCGAGUCACUCAACAACUCGUUGGUACCAUCCGUCAUGGAAUUCCUUGCCAAUCCCAACAGCAAGGAAGCACGUGAUCAACUCAACAACCUGCUCAAGCGUCUCAGAGACGGUGUCGAGCUUGUCUCCAACAUUGCUGCUACCUCACCAACCGAGCACUUGGAGAGCAAGUCGCUGGCCGUUGCCAACGAGAUGUCCAAGAUUGUAGAGGCCAUCGACAAGAACAACGCCGCCGAUGCCAACGAGCACCACCAACGUGCGUUGGCCGGUAUCAAGCAACAAAUCCAACUCUCCAAACAUAUUGCCGACACUACUAGCAACAUCCCACAAAAACGUGAGAUUAUCGACCUCACUGAGCGUCUCGAGAAACAAGCUCUUGUACUCAGUGCCGCCGUCAAAGAGUCGCUCGCCAAUCCAAAGAGUGCUGCUGCCAAGGCCAAGCUACUCGAAGCUGCAGCUCAGACCAGAACAUUGAUGGCUCAGCUCAUUGCCGCUUCAUCCAACCAUGUGCCAGAAGAGCAGGUUGCUGCCACUGCCGCGUCAAUCAAGAGAGAUUUGGAGCACCUCGCCACUGCCAUGGCUAGUGGCAAGCCAGCCGAUCAAAAACAAGCAAUCGAUGACUUUAAAGAAGGUGAACAACUCCAAAAACUCGAGCAACUCAAGGCUUACAAUGAUCACGUUCAAGAUCCAUUCCUCAAGAAAUCAAUCAACGAUGCUAUUGUUGAUUUGGAGAGCAAGUUGACGUCUACAAUCAAGGCUGUCAAUGAAGCACAACAACAGGGUGGAGCAGUGUCACAAGACAAGGUCAAGGCCAUUAAGGCAUCGGCUGACCAAGCCAUUCAAUCUUCGGACCGUGUCAUCAAGGCUUCGACACCAUCGACCGAGGAAAGAUUAUUGGCACGUGCCGUCAAGAUUGGCGAGACAUUGGAUCGUGUCAAUCAAUCUGCCAAGAAGGGAUCAAAGGGUGACGUUGAAAACAAUGUCAAGGAACUAAGAGAAGAGUUGGGAGAGACUGUAAACUUGAUCAAACAAGCUGCCGAGCAGUCACGUGACCCACACAAAAAGGUUGCACUCAACGAGAUUGCUGACAAGCUCAAGAAUGUUGCUCAACCCAUCUCCUCGUCUGCUUCGGGUUUGGCCGACAAGCCAGCCGAUGCCCGUCUCCAACAAGAGUUGCAACAGUCUAUUCAACAAGCCAAGGAUCUUCUUGGACGUGCUGUUGUCAACGCUACUGAUGCCAUCUUCAAGGCCAACAACGACGUCAAUCACCUCGCAUCGGCCACCCAACAAGGCGACCAAAAGAACAUUGGUGACGCACUCUUGUCGCUCCAAGACUCUGAGAAGCCAGUCACUCCAACAACUAGGUUCUACUCUGCCAGUGUUGGUUGCCGCCGGAAACUCAGUGCUCACCCAGCCAAAGGAAGCCGCUCAAGCCAAACAGAUCAUCGACUCGAAUGCCAAAAGGCCAUUCAAGACCUGUCUGCCAGUUUGGCAGCCACCAAUGCCGCCCCCGAAGAAAAGAUCAUCGCCAACAACACCGUUGCCAACCAUGAAGCUGAAGGUCUUGUCAAGAGUGCCAAGAACAAGGACAAAAAGGGCACCGAAUUGCAUACUGACACCACCCGCCAAGUCUUGUCUGAACAGGCCUUGUUGGCACGUGCACUUGCUGCUCAUACCGACAACCAAGCUAGAAAGCAAGAGUUGGUUGCCAAGGCCAACGCCAUUGAGCAGAUCCUACCACAGAUUGAUAUUGCAUCGAGUGCUGUCCAAGCUAAUCCACAAGACAAGCAAUCGGCCGACAAACUCGAACAACUCGUCAACAUGGCCAAACAAAACAACCAAAAGAUUGUCAACGAAGCAUUGGCUGAAAAGAGAGAAAAAGAGGAACGCGAGAAACAAAUCAAGAUCAAGCAACAACAAGAAAAAGAGGAACGUGAGAGACGUGAAAAGGAGGAGCGUGAAAAGACAGAGCGUGAUGAAGUCGCUGCCGCUGCCGCCAAGAUCAAGGAGCGUACUGAUGCACUCUCCAAGGACGCCAAUACUGCCGAGGGUAAGUUGUACAGCACUGCCGCUGGUAUUGCCGGUCUCAUGAAGGACUUGUCCGAGGCUGCUCGUACCAACGACAAGAAGGGUAUGCUCACCGUAUCCAAGCUCCUCUCUGAACAAGUAGCCAUCUAUCUCCAACAAGCCAAAGACACUGCUGCCAAAUGUACCGAUCCAAAACUCAAAGAACAAAUUAUCACUGCCGCCCAAGCAGCCAAGAAUUGGACCGUCCAACUCAAGAUUAUCGCUGCUGUAAAGGCUGCUUCAGAUGAUGACGAUCCAACUUCAAACAAACAACAAUUGGUCAAAUGUGCUAAAGGUUUAUCAAAGGCUAUUCUUGAAACUAUAAAUACUGUUGAAAUUGGUUCAAUUAGAGCUAAAUAA